AUGCAGCACCAGUUGACAAAACAAAUGAUUUUCCAGGUAAAUGUAAACAGUGCUCUUCAAUUUUCAUCGUCCCAAAGGAGACUUCUGAGGGAUGAAAACCAUCAUGUAAGGAAACACAGAAUGUUGACAUCUAUUGCCAAUAUCUUUAAACUGCAGAGACUCACACCCUUUGCUAAUUUAGCUUCUCCAUCUACUAAACAUAGGCAGAAGACUGUGGGAAUAUAUGAAUUGUCACAUUUUGUGCCUUCAUCCGUUAGGGAAAAGUUGAGAAAACCUUUUCAUUGUUUUUAUUCCAAGAAGAUUGAUUGGCCAUCUCUCGGGAGAAGCUGCAAACAAUGGAUUAAGAAUCCUUUUAACAUGACCCUUCUUUUAUGGAUAAUUUGUGUUGCUGUUUCAGUAGCAAUUAUUUUUCUCGUCAUGACAGGAGUGUUGAACAAAAUCCUUACUAAGCAGUCACAAAGGAACUCAUGGUUUGAGGUGGAAGCUAAAGGACGUCAAAAUCCUAAGAAAAACAUACUGCCUGUUUUUGGGGUUGGUAUAUGCAUCUCCAUUGCAAUUGCUGCUCUAGCGCUUGCAGGAGUGUACUGCAUUUCCAUCCCUCUAGGCAAGGAAUAUGAAAUUGAUGAAGAAGCACAGAACCAAAUUCCCAUUAGUAAUACAUUUGGAUCAAGAAAUGAUCAGUCCAUGGCUACUAUCAGAAUUGAUGAUGAGCCAGAACUAAGAACUACAGAAUUCCAUGACAUAGUUGCUGACAAUUUUUUCUGCCAAAAACAGACUAAAAACUGUGUUCAGCCUGCACUGAACUCAUUUCCACCUCAAGAUAAAGCUCCUCAAGUUACAUCAAAUGUCCACUUUAUUCUAGUCUCUGAGAAAUUGAGUUUUCAAGAGAAAGAAACCAAAAUGUCAUGGAAGCGCCUAUGGCCCUAA